UCGCAGCAGGCCCCGCCAGAGAUGCCGCCCAUGCAGCGCUAUCGCAGCUUCGAGUACCAGCCGAAUAGGGACGGUGCCGGCAGGACGGCCGGGGAGACGCAGAACUUCCUCAACCAGGCCGCACUUCUGGCCGAGGCGGCAAAGCGGGCACAGAUGGCCUGCGUCAUGCGCGACCUCGACAGCAUGGAGCUGUAA